AUGACUUCCGUCCACAAGCCCGACCUCUCCGGCCUGCCCACCUUCAACGUCGCUGGCGGUCGCCCCGACGAGCGCUUCGGUACCAGGGGAUCCUUCACCCGCGGCGUGCGCAUCAUGUCCGGUAGCCACGCGCGGGACGCCCCGCUCGAGGCCGAGGUCGACCACGGUAAGGUGCUCUUCGUGUCCGCCGCCCACAAGCCGGAUCUCUCCGCCGAGGCCCGCACCAACGCCGUCCGCCCCACGGAGCGCCUCGGCUCCCGGGGCUGCUUCACCGUGGGCGUCCGUCACUGGGCCGGUGGUGACCCUCGCGACGUGCCGCUCCCGCGCGUGCGCGACCCGGGUACCGUCCUGUUCGAGUCCGCCUCGGAACGUAGCAGGCCCUCCUUGUCCUUCUCGGGCGAGACCAACGUGUCCGGAGGCAGGGAGGACGAGCGCCACGGGCGGCUGGGAUCGUUCGAGCACGGGGUCGUCGAGACUCGGGGUGGGCUGCUGCAGGUUCAGGCGGCCUUGGCGCGCGAGGUGGAGAAGCUGUGGCACGAGGGCGGGCAGAAGGAGAACAAGUACCGCCACUGCGGGCCCAACCACUUCGUCGCCGGCGUGUCUAUUCUGUCUGGUGGCAUGCCGGUCUACUGA